UGUCUUUCAGCUUCUUUUGCAGGUACGAUGGCUCGUGUCUUCGUCUACGGCACGCUGAAGAAGGGCCAGCCCAACUACAAGCACAUGAUCAACACGGCCAAGGGGCUAGCGAAAUUCCAAGGAACGGGCCGCACAGUGGAGAAGUACCCACUGGUGAUUGCAGGAAAAUACAACAUUCCUUACAUGCUGAACAUCCCGGGCACAGGACACCACGUUGCUGGGGAGAUUUACUCUGUUGACGACCAGAUGCUGCGGUUCCUGGAUGAGUUUGAAGGCUGCCCAGACAUGUACCAGCGUACCCUGAUGAGAAUCGAGGUGGUGGAGUGGGAAGGGAAGGGCGGCGCUGGCGAGGGGCGGGCAGCUGCCGAGGGCAUCGUGGAGUGCUUCGUGUACAGCACAACGACAUACCCGCCCGAGUGGGUUGGCCUCCCCUACUAUGACAGUUACGACUCUUCAGGGAAACACGGCCUCUCCUACGUCCUACGUGAAAGCCGGGAUUAGAAAUGGGAGGUGACGCAGCCUGGCCGAAGACGUAGUACUAAGGCAACCUGCAGAAGAUGAACUGUGCUCCUCUAGGAAGGGGCAAGAUGGCAUUAAGGAGACUUGUAGGAAGAUCUGCAGGAUGUCUGCCUCAGUUUCUCCAGCUGCAAAAGCAUUAAUUUUCCCAAAGGGCAGGUACUACCCAAACACUCUCCUUACUCAUCUUGAUGGGUUUUAUAAACUAAUUAACAAAGUAGAUCCCUGUACUACAUAAUUCCCCCUUAGCCGUGUGAUGUAGUUGGCAGUGUCACAGUAACAUGAAAAAAUGCCUCUUCAGUCAGUAGUUUAAAGUAGAAUCAUGAACCUCUUAUGUUUGAAUUAGUCACCAGCCCUGUCACAGACUGUUUUUGUCCUUCACCUUCUGGUAAAGGGCCCAGGCGCCUCUGGCCAGAGGGGUUUUUCUGGGAAGUAGCAUGACUCUGCACAUCCUAGGCAAGAAAAUGAGAGCAGCCCCCCUCCUCUCUGGAGCAGUGGUCAAGGCACAGCAGGAACGGUGACUUAGAGGUAUGUAAAAAAAAACAAAACAGCUGCAGGAGGUGAGACCAAAGGCGGGAGUAACCCAGUGUCCUGUGGCCCAGCAAUGGGCAGCAGCGGAGGCCCAGGGACAGAGAUGAUGCUUGGAGCAUGCAGGGACUGCAGAGGUAUCACUGCAUCUAGUGUGCUGCAGCUGCUGACUUACUGAGCUUGAUCAAUUAAUGGAAGAAAGUGUCUCUGUUAAACCACACACUAACAUUUUGAACCCAGUAAACUUCUGGUAUCUACACCAUGCCAUGGCCUGGAGUUCCUGAGCAAGGAGGAAAAAAAUAUACAUCCUCUUACCUGUUCUGACCAAGUCACCAGCGCUUACAUUUCUGUUCUUGUCUCUUAAAUCUUCCUCCUCUCCAGGCCCUCUCCGGUUUCCCACACUGGAUACACAGCUCUUCCCAUAGGAUAUAGUCGCAGGUUAUGAACAGUCCUAGUUCUUCACACAGUCUUUAGAAAGAGCCUCUGCACAACAAAGGAUCAGACACUUGGUCUCUCUUUCCUGUAAGAGUUCAGGAGGAGGCUUGGCCUGAGGGACAUCGAGUGCCUCUAGCAAUACCUUGGGGUGGCUGAGGGGCUUCAAGGACAGUGCCAGCUCCUUCUGUAAGGACAGGCAUCCCAUAAUCAGUUAGAAGAAGUUAAAGCGGGGAAAAUUAGAGUAUGGAGUCUGAAUAAAAGAAAAUUCCCUUACAACUGUAAUGAAACUACAUGGAGAAAGUCUGCACUAGCAAAAUAAAACAUCUAACACCUGUAAUUUACAUCUAGUCUAUAUGAAGACUUCAAAAUGUUAUAAUAAAGCUGAUCAGAAUUUAAGCCAUAGGCAGAAUGUGUUCAGUGCUUACACCAAGCACAGGAAAACUGCUCGGUUAACCACUCAGUGGUUCACUUUUCACUCUUACCAGCCAUUCUGUACAAUUUGGCUGGGCCCUCAAACCAGUGAUGUUACCAUGGAGAAGAUGAAUCAGAUUCAGGCUUUUGUUAUGUUUUUGUGGUUUUUUUAAAAAAAGAGGCUUUUCCUGUUUUAAAGCAGUAAUGGUAUUUUAUUGAUUUUAUUUGAUCCUGAAAAAUCAAAGAAUUACAAAGGUUAUGUACAAGUAUUUCUGGAAGUAAAAAUCUGGGAUCUGUUGCCAAGGUUUAACAUCUGUGUUUGCUGUCUUAACCACUGAUACAAUAAAUACAAUUGUAUAAAAUCUUGCACAUAGGACUGUCCAUUUUCUGUGUUGAAUUGCCUUAAUCUUACUACGGAUGAAAAUAAUAAAGGCUUAGCUAAUUCAA